AUGAGCGUAUUGAGCGCAGAGGCAAGGCAGUCAUUGCAGAAUGGAAACUGUGCUCCCAUCACAGCUAAACCUUUUGCUGAACCGCAUGUUCAUGGAGAGCAGUCCACAACAGUCCUGUCUGAGUUGUACGCUCCAUCAGUUACAGCAAAGCUGUGGUCUGUUGCCCAGAAGGCAUUACAACUCAAUGCCAGCCCACCCACGCUGUUUCCGGAAUACACUCACCCAGGUGGCAGCAAAUACGUAUACCGCGACCUGAAAUUUUGGACAUCAGGCUUCUUCCCAGGAAGCCUAUAUCUUCUCCUGGAGCGACAGACCAAGUAUCCUCAUGUCUUUCAACAACAACUCUCCCCUGUUCAUCAACUUCAGCUUGAGCACGCCUGCACCUGGUGGACGGAAACCCUGCACGCCAACGCCCACCUCGCCACGACGCACGACCUAGGCUUCAUGAUCAUGCCCUGGGCCCGUCCCGCCUGGGAGCUCCGCCACGACGCGCGCGCCCUCGAGACGCUCAAGACCGCCGCCGCCACCCUCCACGGCCGCUACAGCCCGGCUGUCGGCGCCAUCCGCUCGUGGGACACGUGCGUCACGCGGGCUUACAACUUCCAGGACCCCUCCAAGGAGUUCCUCGUCAUCAUCGACAACAUGAUGAACCUCUCGCUUCUCUUCUAUGUCGCGGCCCGCACGGGCAACGUCGCGAUGCGCGAUGCGGCCGUCAGCCACGCCCGCACCACUCGGCGCACCCACGUGAGAGCCGACGGCACCACCGCGCACCUCGCGGUGCUGGACCCGGCGGACGGCGCGGUCCGCCAGCGGCUGACAAACCAGGGCCGGCACCACGGGUCGUGCUGGUCGCGGGGCCAGGUGUGGGCGGUGGCCGGGUUCGCGGAGGUGUGGGGGUGGACGCGGGAGGAGGAGUUCCUCGACACGGCGGUAUUGUGUGCGGAUGCGUUCCUGGAGCGGAUGCCCGAGGAUGGCGACGGGGUGCCGCCUUGGGAUUUUGAGCCGGCGCCGGAGGGGACUGGAGGAGGGCCGGAGCCGACGGAUACCAGCGCAGCUAUGAUUGCUUCGUAUGGGUUCUUGCUUAUCUAUGAGGCGUUGGCGCUGCGGCGAUGUGUGCGCGCGCAGAGGUAUCUGGAUGCAGCGCUCAGAAUCACGAGCGCGGUUUGCAAAGAUUACCUCACGCCGCGCGGAAAGUUCGUCCCUCGGGUCAACGGGGCGACGGUCAGGUCAAUUGUGGACACGCCUGACCACGGGGCGGAGGAGCAGGAUGUCACGGUGGUAGCCUUUGAUGUGGACGAUGGUGGCUGUGAGGCCAUCCUCGACGGCGCCACCAUCAAUAACUACGAAUUCGCGCCUCGGAGAUGGGCUAAUCACUCGCUAGUGUACGCCGACUACUUCUUUCUGUUGGUCGGGAACAAGCUGCUAGAGAUGGGAAUUGGUGAUGCUCUUGUGAGUUUGGGGGCAUAG